AUGCAGAUUAGGAGCUUGGUAGAGGUGGAGUCACCAAGCCCACUCAGAUACUUGAUCGGCGCCGCCGUUAUGAUGAUCGGAGUGGUGUUACCCGUCGGUUACAUGAUGUUCCGUAACAAGCGCGUUCCCUCCUCUUCCUCCUACUCCAAACAGACGUAGGAACAAGGUUUUGAUUUGAUAUAGAGAAAUGGUGGUUAUGAUGUGAGAAGCCUCCGGUUUAGUGGAUUUGAAUUUGUUUGGAGGGGGUGAUUGAUUUAACUUAGAGGCUUCAACAGAUCUACCAUCUGUUCUGUUGUAAAUGCAUUUUGUCAUCCUAAUCUUCUAAGUGUUUUUUCACGCGAUUCUGAACACGAAUACAUGCUGCCUGUCUUUCCGUUAAGAUACUCUAUCUUGUAUUCAAUAUUGUAGCUCAACAAUAUUUCAAUGAACUUGUUUUGCUUUCAUUUAUUUAUCUA